AUGUCGGCACUGUUUAACUUUCACUCGCUGCUAAGGGUGGUGCUGCUCAUCAUCUGCACUUGCACAUAUAUUCGCGCGACCGCACCUGCGUUGAUAGAUCGCAACAAGGAAGGAUUCCUCGGCGUAUUCUUCAAGUCGGCUCGCGUCGGCGAACGUCUGAGCCCUUACGUCUCAUUAGCGUGUCUCAUCAUGGCCGUCUACGAGGUGGUCUAG